UAAUAAGUAUGCGAACUUUAAAUUACGCAUAUUAAAGGAAAAGCCCUCGUAUGUACUUAUUAAAUUUGCCUUAAAAAGCUCUGCAUGACAGUAAAAUGAGUGUGGAAGUGAAACUUGAGUUGGGCCAUCGUGCCGGUUUGAGGGAUAAGAAAACUGCUGAAGGUUUUACUCAUGACUGGACAGUUUUUGUUCGUGGUGCUGAAGGUAGCAAUAUUCAAUACUUUGUGGAGAAAGUGGUGUUUUACCUUCACGAAAGCUUUCCCAAGCCAAAAAGGGUGAUUAAAGAUCCACCCUAUUCUGUGUCAGAAUCAGGUUAUGCAGGCUUCCUGAUGCCUAUUGAGGUUUAUUUUCGUACCAAAGAAGAGCCUAAAAAAGUUAGAUUCAAGUAUGACUUGUUUCUACGUCUUGAAUGUCCUCCUGUACACAACAUACGCAUUGAGAAGCUCACCUUCCAGAAUCCGUCAGACGAAUUCCGUGCAAAGUUACUAAAAGCAGGCGGGGUUGGUGCCCUGACCGGCAACAGUGGAGGAAGUGUUGCUUCUCUCCAAACUCAAGCUUGUCUUCCACCUACUCCUUCGACUGUUCCUCCUCCUCCUCCCCCACCGCUACCGCCACCACCUCCGACUGCAGAAGAUCAUCCCCCACCGAUUCAUUCAAAAGCUGCAGAAAAGAAACAACGCACUCACCAAGCUGCCUCUAAGGAUAUAAGGAAAACUCCUCCACCCCCUGUUGUUGCACCCAAACCUAGUCAGCCCUUCACUGACAUAUUUGGACCUCCAAUUCGGACGAAACAUUCUCCUGAUUCGAGUGGCAAAUCAAAGGAAGCAGGACAUUCUAGUCAGACAAAAAGUAAAAGUAGUAGCUCUAACAGUGCAUCUACAAAUCCAUCUAGCAAAGAAAAAUCCACUGGGAAAGAAUCUCAUCACAAAGCUAAAGACUCUCAUCAUAAAUCAAAAGAAUCACAUCACAGCUCCAAGGAGACUCAGCGGGCACCAAAAGAAAGCAACCAUCACCUUUCCACUGAUGGACAUUCAUUAAAGGAAGCACACCAUUCAUCAAAAGAAGCUCAUCCAAGUAAGGAAAUUCAUCAUUCAACGAAGGAAGUACCUCAUCUAGAAAAAGAAAGCAGCCAGCACUCAUCCAAAGACGUCUAUACGACGAAGGGAAGUCAUCAUCACAGUUCGAAGGAAGACGUUUAUACUUUUAAAGACAGUCUUCAUCCUCCCAAAGAGUAUCGCUCAAAAGACUCCCAUACCACACCAAAACAAAGCCACAACACUCUGAAAGACACCCACCAUUCAGAGAUUAAGGACUCGAAGCCAGCUAAACCUCUCAAAGGAGACAAAGAAGUGAAACCACCCUCCAAGAGGCCAGUCAGCAGCGAAUCCCACAGCAUUCAUGGAGCCCCAGAAAAAAAGAAAAGACAUAUAUCUGCAUCCUCAGACAAUAGUGAAAAGACUGCCGAUUGCUCAAAGCCUAAGAUCAAGGAUGCUAAGGAGAAAGCCGAAAAACCACAUAAAAGUGCAUCAUCCAUUCCAAGUAAACCAUUUGUUAAAAAAGAAAAGGAAAAACAAAAGCAUAAAAUCAAUUCGAUACCAUCUGAAAUUAAGGAAGCUCAAAAAAUAAAACCACUGAGUCCGCUGGGGAAACCUCCGAGUCCCCCAAGAAAAGUUCCCAGUCCCGUAAGGAAGCCUCCUAGUCCGCCUUGGAAACCUCCGAGCCCCAUACAAGAGCCGCUGAGCCCUAUUCAUAAUGAACCUAUAGAUGAGGAGUCCAGGUCGCCUUCCCUGUCCUCAAGCGAUUCUGAAAUGGAUUCGGACUCCGAUGAUUCCAGAAAGAGUUUCAGCAAUAAGUCCGUUUCAGACGACUCGAAAAAGAGCUUUGGCAAUAAAGCUCAUUAUAGCAGUCCUGCUUCCAGCAUUUCAGAGACAUCCCUGGACGGUAACCGUCCCUCGUCAGCCAUGAUGCGCGAUAAUGAUCUGUUUUCAAGCAGUGAUGUUGAUGAGGAGGAGGAUCGCAUCCCUUCUCAUGUGAAACCUUUGAGUAGCAGCAGUGAAAGUGAAGAGGAAGAAAUGCAAGUGUCAUCACCUGAAUCACCUGAACCCCAGAAACCCAUUGAGCCUCCCAAACUUCCUAAAAUUGAGAAAAAACAUCAUUCCUCUCACAAAUCUUCCAAACAUAAAUCAUCUAAUCAUCCUUACAAAGGCAAUGGCAGCUUGAACAACAGCAAUCAUGUGCCUGUGUCUCCCUACCUAGAGGAGAGGACAGUUGUAAACAACAACAACAACAGCAGUGGAGUCAAAAUCAUUAAAACCGAUCGAGAAGAGCUCAUGGAACUGCAGCAGAAAAUAAUGUCGUCAAAAGACAAGCAAAUUCUUCAGAAAAUUGUGGACGUUAUCGAAAAAACUGGCAAGUAUGAAGUGUCCAGCAGCAGCUUUGACUUUGAUCUUUGCAGCUUGGAUCAUAGCACUGUAAAGAAGCUUAAACACUGUUUGUUGGCAUGAUUCUGUGAUAAAACAUAUUUUCCCACUCUAAAAGGGCUUAUAUUUUAAAACAUGAUUAGUGAGAAGGACAUCCUUGUUAGUUUAAAAUGGAUGUCAUUGGAAAUUCACUCAUUCUGGUCAAGACGAUUUUGUAGCAUGAUAAUGGUUGUAUAAUUUAUUGGGCAAUAUUGUUGACAUUUUAUUGGGCUGUAUAAGCAGCUCCAUUAUUUUCACAUGCAUAUAGUUAUUUUGCUAUGAUAAUUUAUUAAUUACACUAUAGACCACAAAUUUGUUGACACAGUAGAACUGUGGAUAUGUUUAGAGGGCUAAUAAAUAUCUAUGCAUCUCAUGAAUAUCUGGCAAUUCCUAAGCAAAACAAGUAAUGAAUAUGACUCAAAAGUUAAGUUAUAUUUGAAUUUAACAUAAACCUUUUUUCAAUUUCUCUACAUAUAACUGCCUGAAAGCUUUAUUAUUCUCAGGCAGAUUUCUUUUCACUGCUUUUUGGCUCAAAUGUAAAAGGUUAUGCAACUAGUACAUAGAUUCAAAAUUAGAGGUGCAUACAGUGUGGGUAAAUUAAAAAUAGAUCCAAAUCAUACUUAAUGAAAAUUUCAAAGGUAUUUUUUUCCCUCCAUAUUACCAACAGCAACAUAUUUUUUCUCUAACAUGUUUAUAAAACUAUUUGUUGAACUUCUAUUUAUUAGCAUUUAUUUUGUAACAUUCUUAUUUUAUGACACAAAAUAACUAUUUUGCGUGAAAAUAAUUGAUACAAAAUUUUGUGUUGAAUAUGUGUAAGGUUUAUAACUUAUUGUUACUAAUAUUAAUGUGAAUCCUUUAUUUUUCUUUAAAUAAUUUAAAGUAUAAAUUGAUCUUUCCCAACUGAAAUAGUUUCAAUAUUCUGCUGGGUCAUUAAUAUAUGGUGAACUUAUUGCUUAAUUAUGUUAAGCAAAUAACAAUAAGCAUAUUUUCCCUCUGCAUGAUUUUUAUAUUGAUUGAGAUUAAAUAAACUCAAUAACACAGUCAAUUCCAUUAGUGUGGGUCAGUAAGAGUAGUUUUUUCUAAGUGCAAUGAAACAGAUUUUUUAAUUUUUUUUGCUAAAAGAAAUGUUUUUAAUUCAAGCACAUUUUGAAAAUGUUUCUCUAAUUUAAAAAUCAUGGAAAGAACUCUUUCCUUAUUGUGGAAAAGCUAACUCCGUUUUUAACUGAAUGCCAAUUUAUUUUUAAAUGGUUAAUGACUAAAUUUUUUUAUAUUCAUUCUGCCAUUUGAUUACUAACUUGUGUUGGAUAAAUUAUAGUUACAUUUGUUAUGAGUGUUUACUGCAUCAUGCACAGUAGUAUUUUUAUAAAAUAAUCUCUUACCUUAACUGUAUUAAGUGGAAUUGACUUGUUUAAAUUCUAAACUGCUUCUUCCAAAAAAAAAAGGUUUUUUUUCCAGUAUCACAAUAUUGGUGUUUACUUUCAUGAGUAUGUUUAACAAGGAAUUACUGUCUCAGCAUACUCAUAAGGACUGUGUGAGUUAAAUGUGACCAUUGUGCCAUAUCUCUACGUGCCUCUGAAUUGAUUCAAAUUCAACUACAUUUCAUACUCGUCUCUGCAGAAACGAAUGUGCAACAUCAUUCAAGAUACAUGUACAAAACAUUUGCAAUGUAAUUUUUUAAUUAUAGAUGAUCCAUUGAACUUUUUUCAUUCAGUUUUUUAGUUAAGGAAUAAUCAUCUGCACAAUAUCUCGUUACCUCAUUGUCAUAAAAAUUGCUGUUUUCAUACUUUGUUGUGUUUGCUAGUCAUAAUUAUGCUCUUGUAGAAUAUAUAAUUUUGAAGGACUUUCGUAACACGUUUUUCAUUAUACUGACAUGCAAGAGGCCAUAUUAAGAGUUGAACUUAGGUUAGCAUUUGCAACAGUCACUUUAUAACAAAAGUUUAUCUCAACUGAGACAGUGAGAAGCAGAGGGAUGUAAGUGGCAAAAUAAAAAAUUUGGAGAUAACCAGUACACAUGGUAGGUGAACCUCUCCCCCAGGCAAAUGGCAAGAGAUAGUACUAGCCCUGGUAGGUGCUGCCAUACAGCAUGAUUUAGAAAAAGAAAUUGAGUGAACGCCUACCUAGAACCUUAUCUUUAAACGCAUUUUAUUCAAAACUUGAAAAUGUCCACUUACAUCCCUUUGCUUCUCAUUGCCUCAACUGUAGUUUGAUGAAAGAAAUUUAUUAUAAGUUAUAUAAAAAAUAAUAUAUUUUUCACACAUUUUCGGACAUUAAUGAUGUAAAUAAUUAUUAUUUUGUGUGUUUGUUAUGUUUUCAGUUUACAUUCCUGUUUUAGUUUGCUAUUGUUCAGUCUUGUCUUCACAUAUAUUUUUUUAAUAAUAUUUAUGGGAAAUGUUUUCAAAUCAACGGUUUUACUAUUAUUUCUUGGCCCACGUACGAUGUAAAUA